UGCGGCGCUUGCAUGGAGCAACCUCGGCGAUGGAGACCCGUGCAGGAGCUCCUGCGCAGCUUUUACGCGGAAGUGCUGCCGCUGGAAGCCUUCGUGCGGCGCUUGCAGAGGCGGACUCUUGCAAAGGACCCAACGCAGCCCCUCGUGCAGGACGGAGAUCCCGGCUGCUACCGUAGCCUGGUGAACCAGUGCCUGGUGGGGCGGCUGGCUGCGUGCAAAGCCCUCCCUGCCCAUUUCAGCGCCCAGCAGGUUUCCUGUCAGGAUGAUUUCCUUACGCGGAUCAUUCAGAGAAUUUGUCAAAAGAAGAAGAAAAAUGUGUUGACAUUUGGCUAUUCCGUAUUGGAUGAAAAUAACCGCCAGUUGCCCUGUAUGCCAAAUAUUGGUAGCUACAUGUUUAAUCAUUCAACAGAAACCAUUCGAAAGAGUGUGUGCUGGGAGAUCAUUCUAAACAGAGUUGGGGAUGACAUCAUGAUGUAUAUAUUAGAGAAUUGUGCUCUCUUUCUCCUUGUGCCUCCUAACUGCUGUUACCAAAUUUGUGGAGAGCCCGUCUAUGAACUUGCUUCAAGAAAUGUAACACGGCCUCCAAAGUUUCUAAGACAGAGGAUUCACGGGCCUUCUCCUUGUAUCCUGACAACUUAUCUUCGUAAAAGAUUUCGGUCUUGUAGGUGGUAUCCCAGAAAAAGAAAGUGGCAGAAAUGGAAUUCUGAAAGGCAGAAAUGGAACGAAACACAACAACACAACUAUCGGUGGUCUUCAGUAGCUCAAAGUGUUUCUGGCCAAAACACUAUGAAGAAAAGGCCAAUUAUGAGAACCAUUGAACACAUAGAAAAUCAACAAAAGUCCUCUCUUAGCCCAUCAUUAAGAACACAGGGUUUAAAAAGAAAAUGGACAGGCCAGUGUGAUAUUAAUGCCAAGAAAAUAAAAAUCAUGAUAAAGGAGAGCAAUGUCGGGAAAAAAACAAGAAACUCGGAUUCUAGAAAAAACCAAAAUCGGUUGAUUUUAGAUAGUGGUAAACCUGAAGCUUCUAGGGUAUGUAUACAGUCAUGUUCAAAAGGUUUAACUCUUAUGAACUCUGCUCCUCGGAAUGGCGAAGUACAAACAUCUGGGGUACCUAGUUCAAUUAAUGACAAUGCAGAUGCUUUAGUGUGUGAAAAGCAAGAUAGUAUAAGUAAACCAUUUUGUGGAUCUAAUCUGCAACCAACAUGCAUUGCUAACCUGCCAAAGCUGGUAACUAGAACCUCUGAUAUUCGUUCUGCGCGACGGGCGCUUGCAAAAACGGUUUUGCCAGAAAGAAAUCUUGGAAUCUGCUCAUCUAAAUCCGUCGGGAAGUCUUGCAAUAGCAUUCCCGCAGUGCGUAUUGAGAGAUAUUCUCUCUUAUAUUCCUACCAGCGUUUGAAAGAGAGUUUACCUAAGUCGUUUGUAUUAAAUCACUUGAAGGGCCAUCCAGCAGGAGGACGAGGCUUAGUAGAACAAGUGUUCUUCAGCAAUAAGAUUCUGAAGCAGCCUGGAAGUUCUAGCCUUCAAACAGCCCCCAAGAAAAAGAAGAGGCUUCCGAAACGCUACUGGCAGAUGAGAAGUGUCUUCCAAGAACUCUUACGGAACCAUGCAAAGUGUCCUUAUCAAGCUAUAUUAAAAAGGAAUUGUCCCGUUUCAGUUUCUGAACCGGUUACAACAAGCCUACGGGAGCAGAGUUCCCAACAAAAUGGCCACCAAGUAGAGCAACUUUCAUCAAAGAAGCAGCGGGAUAAUCCAGUAGAAGGUUGCAUCGCGAGCAGGUCAGGGGCCUCGAAGCCAUCGGCAGAAACUGGUGCUUCAAGCAGAAGCCCAGAAAUAACUGAAUUAUUUGAAAAAAAAGAUAAGGAGCAAGCCUUCCAAGACUACUCCUCCAGUUCUGAUUUCAUAGCGUUGCUGAAGCAGUAUAGCAGUCACUGGCAAGUAUAUACUUUCGUGAGGGGAUGCUUAGAGAGAGUGGUGCCUCCUGCGCUUUGGGGUUCGAAUCACAACAAGCGCCGCUUUUACAGAAACGUGAAGAAGUUUAUCUCCUUGGGAAAAUUUGCCCUGUUUUCUUUGGAGGAAUUGACGUGGAAAAUGAGGGUCAAUGAUUGUGCUUGGCUUCGUCUCACCAAAGAGAACGCCCAUUCUGUUCCUGCCUCCGAGCAUCGUUUCCGAGAACAGCUGAUGUCUAAAUUCCUGUACUGGCUGAUGGACUGUUAUGUUUCAGAGCUCCUCCGAUCUUUCUUCUAUAUCACAGAGACAGCAUUUCAAAAAAAUUCACUUUUUUUCUUCCGAAAGGCUGUUUGGAGCAAACUACAGAACUUUGGAAUCAGGAGCCAUUUGGCCAAAGUGCAGCUUCAUCCGUUAUUAAAGGAAGAUAUUGAACAUUUGCAGCACAGAAAGUGUGUCCCCAUGGCAUCAAAACUCCGAUUCAUCCCGAAACCAAAUGGGUUGAGGCCUGUGGUCAAGCUACAUGAUGUGGUCGGAGCAGAAACGCUUUGCAAAAACAACAGAGACAAAAAGGUGCUUAAUUUAUUGAGUUAA